AUGAACAAUAUGACAGACAACAACAAAGGCGCCAAAAUAACCCUCUACUGGCUCAACAAAUCCCGCUCCCAUCGCAUCCUCUGGCUCCUUGAGGAAUUGGGUCUAUCGUACGAACUCAAGAUAUUCCAACGAGACUCGGAGAUGAUGGCUCCUCCGGAGCUCAAAAAGAUUCAUCCGCUGGGUAAAUCGCCGGUAGUCACCAUCGAGACAGCCAACUCGGACAAGCCUCUGGUGCUGGCCGAAUCCGGCGCCAUCACCGAGUACCUCUGCGACCAUUUCGGGGGCGACAAGCUUGUUCCGAAGCGGUAUGUGGAGGGGAAGGAGGGACAUAUUGGAGCUGAAAGUGAGGCGUGGGUGCGGUAUCGCUAUUUCAUGCAUUAUUGCGAGGGGAGUUUGAUGCCAUUUUUGGUGUUCCAACUGGUGGUGGAUACUGUCAAAAAAGCCCCCGGGGUUCCCUUCUUUAUCAAGCCUAUACCCCGUCUCGUUGCUUCUAAGAUCGAAUCGGUAUUUGUUUCCCGCAACCUCUUUGCCAACUUUGACUUUCUAGAGGGGCAGCUUAGAACAGCCCCUAACGGAGGCUCGUUCCUCUGCGGCAAAGAGUUGACUGCUGCGGACAUCAUGAUGAGCUUCCCGGUCAUCGCUGCGUCAACGAGAGGUCCGUUGAAUGAGAAGUACCCGAUGUUAAAGGCAUAUGCGGACCGUCUUCAGCAGCAGGAGGGUUAUAAGCGGGCUGUUGCCAAGGUUGAGGAGGUAAAUGGGAAGUUUGAGGCUUCGUUGUGA